CGCGGGGCUUUUAAAGGGGCCGCGGCACGCCAGCCGCCUGCACGGACCGGUCGCGGGCCGCAUGAGCCGCGCGCGGGGCGUGCUGUGCCGGGGCUGCCUCGCGCUGGCCGCGGCCCUGGCGGCGCUGCUGCUGCUGCCGCUGCCCCGGCCCGGUCCGGCGCGGACCCCGGCCACGACCCCCGCCCGGCGCGCCCCCGCCCCCGGCCUGCGACCCGACGACGUCUUCAUCGCCGUCAAGACCACCCGGAGGAACCACGGGCCGCGCCUGGGGCUGCUGCUGCGCACCUGGAUCUCCCGGGCCCGCCGGCAGACUUUCAUCUUCACUGAUGGCGAUGACCCAGGGCUCCAGGGCCAGGGGGGUGGCCAGGUGGUCAACACCAACUGCUCAGCGGCAAGGUCGCGCCAGGCCCUGUGCUGCAAGAUGGCCGUGGAGUACGACACGUUCAUGGAGUCGGGGCGCAAGUGGUUCUGCCACGUGGACGACGACAACUACGUGAACCCCAAAGCGCUGCUGCAGCUGCUGGCUGCCUUCCCCCCCAGCCAGGACGUCUACCUGGGCCGGCCCAGCCUCGACCACCCCAUCGAGGCCACUGAGAGGGUUCCGGGAGGCAGCUCCGUCACCACGGCCAAGUUCUGGUUCGCCACGGGUGGCGCUGGCUUCUGUCUGAGCCGAGGCCUAGCCCUUAAGAUGAGCCCCUGGGCCAGCCUGGGCGGCUUCAUCAGCACAGCGGAGCGGGUGCGCCUGCCAGAUGACUGUGCGGUGGGCUACAUCGUGGAGGGGCUGCUGGGCGCCCGCCUGCGGCCCAGCCCCCUCUUCCACUCCCACCUGGAGAACCUACGGACGCUGCCCCCGGACACCGUGCUGCAACAGGUCACCCUGAGCUACGGGGGCCCCGAGAACCCGCAGAACGUGGUGAGCGUGUCUGGGCCCUUCAGUCUGCAGCAGGACCCCACCCGGUUUCAGUCUGUCCACUGUCACCUGUACCCCGACACCGAUUGGUGCCCCAAGCAGGCACCUAUGUCCUCCCAGUGACCCUCUGCACCCGGCAACUCCAGGCUAAGUGGACAGGAUUCGACCCAGCAGCUCCCCCAUCUGCUCUCUGCACCGCACAGGACUGACCACCCGGGAGGUCGAGGUGCACAG